UCUCUCAUCAUGACAGAAAAAACCCAUUAACUUCCGUUCAAGAUGGGAUUAUAUCCAUCCACUCAUUGGUAUUAUGGAGAAUAUCAAAACCACCAUGAGAUUGUUACUCAACACGUUCCUUGCUUGGUGUAUUUGAAGAAGAUGCUGCAGCAAUUUCAAGUUACAUCAACCAGUUAUAUCGAGCCAUGCACCGAAUUUAUGAUGCACAGAAUGAAUUAAGCGCAGCAACUCAUCUGACUUCAAAACUUCUGAAGGAAUAUGAGAAGCAGCGUUUUCCAUUAGGGGGUGAUGAUGAAGUUAUGAGCUCUACCCUACAACAGUUUGCAAAAGUGAUAGAUGAGCUCAGCUCUUGUCAUGCAGUACUUUCAACUCAACUAGCUGAUGCCAUGAUGUUUCCCAUUACUCAGUUUAAAGAAAGGGAUCUAAAAGAGAUACUGACUUUAAAAGAAGUUUUCCAAAUUGCAAGCAAUGAUCAUGAUGCUGCCAUUAACAGAUACAGUCGGUUGUCGAAAAGAAGAGAGAAUGAAAAGGUCAAGUUUGAAGUUGUAGAAGAUGUAUAUACUUCCAGGAAGAAACAGCAUCAGACUAUGAUGCAUUAUUUCUGUGCAUUAAAUACUCUUCAGUACAAGAAGAAAAUUUCUAUGCUAGAACCUUUGUUAGGUUACAUGCAAGCUCAGAUAAGUUUUUUUAAAAUGGGUUCAGAAAAUCUUACUGAGCACCUGGAAGAAUUUUUAACAAAUAUUGGCACAAGUGUACAAAAUGUUCGCAGGGAAAUGGAAUCUGAAGUAGAAAACAUGCAACAGACCAUAGAAGACUUGGAAGUAGCUAGUGAUCCGUUAUACUUGCCUGAUCCUGACACUACAAAAUUUCCUGUCCAUAGAAGUCUGACCCGGAAAGCUGGAUAUCUUAAUGCAAGGAAUAAGACUGGCCUGGUGUCUUCUAGUUGGGAGAGACAGUUUUACUUCACUCAAGGUGGAAACCUUAUGAGUCAGGCAAGAGGUGAUGUAGCUGGAGGGCUUGUCAUGGACAUAGACAACUGUUCAGUAAUGGCUGUGGACUGUGAAGACAGAAGAUACUGCUUUCAGAUAACAUCUUUUGAUGGAAAAAAGUCUUCAAUCUUACAAGCAGAAAGUAAAAAAGACUAUGAAGAGUGGAUUUGUACAAUAAACAACAUUUCUAAACAGAUAUACCUAAGUGAAAAUGCUGAGGAAAUUGCUGCACGUGUCAAUCAGUCUGCUCUUGAGGCUGUCACCCCCUCUCCUUCCUUCCAGCAGAGACAUGAGAGCAUGCGGCCAACUAUACAAUCUCGUCCUCCCACUGCUCGAACUAGCAGCUCUGGGUCACUGGGAUCUGAAUCGGCACCUUUAUCAACCCUUUCCUUGGAUUCACUUGUUGCCCCUGACACACCUAUACAAUUUGACAUCAUUUCUCCAGUUAGUGAAGAUCAGCCUGGCCAAGCAAAAACUUCAGGGCAGUCUGGCAGACGCACAAAUCCAUUCGGUGAAUCUGGAGGCUCAAAAUCUGAAACAGAAGAUUCCAUUCUUCAUCAGUUAUUUAUUGUACGAUUCCUUGGCUCCAUGGAGGUAAAAUAUGAUGAAACUCCUGAUGUUGUUUAUGAAACAAUGCGUCAGAUACUAGCAGCCCGAGCUAUCCACAACAUUUUCAGGAUGACAGAAUCACAUUUAUUGGUCACGUGUGACUGUCUGAAGUUAAUUGAUCCACAGACACAAGUUACAAGACUUAGGUUUCCUUUGCCCAAUAUAGCUUUGUAUGCUACACAUCAGGAGAACAAGCGCCUUUUUGGAUUUGUGCUUCGGACUUCAGGAGGGAGAGCUGAGAGCCGUCCAACUUCAGUCUGCUAUAUUUUUGAGUCAAAUAAUGAAGGGGAAAAGAUCUGCGAUUCUGUUGGAUUGGCAAAACAGAUAGCUUUGCAUGCAGAAUUGGAUCGUAGAGCAUCAGAAAAGCAAAAAGAAAUAGAAAGAGUAAAAGAGAAGCAACAGAAGGAACUCAGCAAGCAGAAGCAAAUUGAAAAAGACUUGGAAGAACAAAGUCGAUUGAUAGCUGCUUCCAGCAGACCCACUCAAAGCAGUGGAGAGGGACAAUUUGUAGUCCUUAGUAGUAGCCAGUCAGAAGACAGUGACUUGGGAGAAGAAGGAAAGAAGAAGAGGGAGUCUGAAGCCUGAGGUUACUUGUUUUAUUAAAAUUAGAAUCUUUGGACAUACCUGUGGUGAAAUGGCACAAGUUACAGAAGAAGCAAAAAUAGAGCUGGGAGUGUCUGCUUAUUAAAUAGAGACUUAAUAAUAGGUGGAUCCAAUUUAUGCUUUACGUUUUCUUUAUAUGUUAAUUUACUUUGCCUGUUAAUGUAAGAAUAUUCCUUCUUCCAUAUGUUAGAAGGAAGCAUGGCAGUACUGUUGUAUUUGUUAUCUUCUCAAGACUUUUAAUAUGGAAACUUUUUUUCAUUUGCCUGGUGGUGCAACUGACUGUUUUGAAGCAAAAAAUUAAUCUUUUGAUUGGACUUCAACAGUACACUGUAAUUCUGUUCUUUGAAUUCCUGUAUUUAGAACACUUUGCUGGAAACAGAAGUGGGCUUUAAACUAAAACAGCACUAUUCAAUAUCUAACUUGUUGCAGAGGAUUGUUUCUGGAGAUAGUUAAAAAAAAUAGCCCCCAUUAACACCAGUCAAACGUGCAAUAGUUCUAGACUUAUGGGAAAAGGGAUUUUAAUUUUUGUGCACUGAAUGGUACUCUCCUGGUUUUCUACUGAGCAAUUUCAGGACAGUUGCUUAAAUGACAAAAGCAUUUUACUCAUAUUAAACCUGGAUAAAACUUAAAGGGAUAUUUACAUCUUGGUGCCUGGGGAAUUGCGUAUAAACCUUUUCACAUCAAGAUGGAGGGUAUAGUGUGGACCUCCUUGAAAUGCAAGAGCCGCAUUCUAGUUUUCUCUUAUGGAACUAAUUUAGGGAUGUGACUGGUUAAACGAUUAGUUACCAGUUAUCACUGGGGCCAGGCACAGUGUGGGAGGGAAGCGGGGGAAGACAAACCCUGUGGCAAGAACUGGAAGGCGGCAGGGCAGGAUGGAGUGGGGGAGAGGUGUCUAAUACCUAAUAGCUAGGCUACACAGAGGGAAGGAGGGGGAGGGGAAGGGGAGGGUUGACUAAUAUACUGCCUAAUACCUAGGCUAUGCAGAGCGAGGAGGACAGGGGAGAGGAGGGGUUGCCUGCUUCCUCCCUUGCAGUGGAGCCGCAGCUGCAACAGGCUGGUAAAGCCUCUUGCUGACUGCUGACUGCCUCUUCCCCCCAACUCUCCUCCUGCACUGCUGCAGCUGGCCACAGAAAGCUCUGCACUGGUGGCUGCAAGUCUCUCAUUGGCUGCUGCCCUCCCCGCCCCCCAAGGGCUUCCUGGGCUAUGCUGUCUGCCUCUGCCUGGUGGGGCUGCUUUGACCCAGCUUCCCUUGCUGCUAAGGGUGGGUGGGUAGGUACAGACCUUCCUCCAUAGCAGGGCAGGCACCAGCCUGGGCCUAACACCCCCCCCCCCCCCCGACUUUACAGAGCCACCAGCUGGAGCCCAACACUGCUGUGCCCAUUGAUGCCUGACCAAUUAAUUGUUUAACUUGUUGCAUUUACAACAAGUUAAAUGAAUAUAAAUAUGUAUUUAAUUGGUAUUUACAUCUUGAAACUAGUUAUGGUUAUCAGGGACUUAUAUUUAUAGAAAUUUGAACCCCAAAGGUUUUGUAAGUGUGUCGGUGUUAUAAGAAUAUUUGAGUUUGAACCAGUGGUUUGAAGAGAACAUACAACCUAUUAACUAAAGUUUCUGGAAAGCAGGUGCAAGGCUUUCUGCAUAACUGCAUGAAACAUAUUUUGAAAAAACAUUAAAGGGCAGCAGAGAGAACAUUAAUCCUGCUUCUUCCAUGCAACCCAGGGAGCUUCUUUUCAAAAUAGUAUCUGGUUACAGCUCUACAGCUUCCUGACUGUUCUCAGUGUUAUUUUUAUUCUGUAUACAAUUUACUGCAUACUAAUAUUCCCAGGGCUUUAGAAUGCCAAUUUGCCAAGAUGGAGACACAAAUAGCAUAAGCUAUUUUUUCCUUCAGGUGCCUGAAUCUAGACUUAUGAAAGGCAGCACGACACCAGGAAUGCUAGUGGUGGUGUCUCCACAAUUGUACUGACUAAAAUUUCUCGCUCACCUUUGUCACUGACCUCUCUUUCUCUGAACAGCAUCCUUUUCUUCUUUCAGACCAGAUGACAACCCACCUCAAGCUUAUUA